GGACUUACUUCAUUUCCCGGCAGCCUUGCGGGGUCCCCCCUCCCUAUCUCGCGCCUUCCCUCUUGUCUCACCUCAAGUUGAUAUCGGUGUUGUUUUUGAAGCUAUGAUGGCGGCAGCGGGAUGCGGAUCAGCAACCGCGGCUGCCAUAGGAGGCCAAGUUGGUACUGCUGCACCCCGAGGUCGCUUCCCUGGUCGGCCUUGGUCGUCUCACAGCCGCUUGCGUUCUGAGAAGCGUUGGCAACUCGACCGAUCAGGGGCAGAAGCUGACGAUGUGACUAAUGCUGGAGGCCCAAGGCCCACAAGCCUGGUACUAUCGUUAAACGAGGACCAGUCUCACUUGCGCUUACUUGGGAUAGAGUCGAACCACAAGAGCUUAGCGGAGGCUGGGUACAGCUCAAGUGGGAGCGAAGAGGUGAGAGCCCAAAUCGCUGCUGGAGAAGAUGAUUUCACAGGAUUUGAAUCUGAUCGUAAAGGAUAUAAAGGCCCUGUACGGUCCAGACAAAAUCCCUCCAAAAGUAAUCCUGUCAAAACAAAAUCAAAAAGGAUACGAGAGAAGCUACCUCUUGUAGUCACCCCAAAGGAGACAGAUGGGUCUCCAACUCCUAAAGAAGAUGCACCAUCUUCACAAGAGGUCCACUGUGCAAUUCCGCCUGAUGCAGUGCCUUCCAAGGAUGGUAGGAAGGGUUCAAAAAACAAGCACUCAAACCCAGCAAAGGAGAAGCGUCCUGCAAAAAACGGGGCAGCUAUAACUCCAAGGAUUACCAUCAAGUUGGUGGCCAAGAAGACGGUGAGAAAGGAAAAGGGAGGACGUCUAAAAUCUGUGGAGAAGCUGAAGGGAAAAGGAUUACAAUUUCAAUCAAAAGCUAAUGACGUCAAAGGUGACCAGAUCUCCUGUGCCCAUGUCAAAUUAAAGACAGAGACACAAGCUGAUGAGGCACAGCAUCUGAAUGGCACUGAGGAUGAGGGAGGCGGAGGAGCCAUACCGGCAAGGAGGCGUGGUAGAUCUGCCUCCAAGAUCACUGAACCCUGUGUUCAACGUGGGGCCAAAGUUGGGGAGGUUGAUGACCAAAAAUCAGAGGGGGGUAUAAAAUCAACAGGCAAACAGGACAUUGCACUGGAAAGUGGAAAUGCAGAGCCAAAAACAGACAUUAAGAAAUUCAAACGGAAAGAAAGAACCACAGAGGUAAGCACUGAAGUCAAUAAACUGGUGAUCCGGAGAAGAAGUAGAACUACUAAUCCACCCCCCGAAACAAAUGAAGGCCUUGUAACAACAGAAUCAAAAAACCAGAGCAAUGAUAAAGUAUGUCUGGCAGAGUCUUUGUUAGAGGUUUCAAGAAUAGAGGAAGCCAAACCACCAUCCAGAAAGAGUAAGCGUAAACAAAGCAAGGCACAUCAAGAAGAGAAGAUGGUCACAGAAAUCCAUGUUCCAUUAGCCACAGAACCUGAAAAGUCAAUUGUUGAAUCCAAUGACGGUCUGGCUUUUAAAAAUGACGAUGACAUAAUCGGGAUUCCAAGUUUUAAACUGAUUAAAAUCAGAAACCCCAAAUUGGAAGGCUCAUCUCGUAAGAAGAAACGAAGCAAGUUUGUGUGGACACUUACAUUAGUUAAGGGGAAAAGAAAGGACACCCAAGUGCAGGGCUCUGGAAAUACUGUCAAAGGAACAGAGAAGCAGCAGAGUACCACUGAAUUAGACAAAGACUCUCUUUUUGAACCCAGUGUGAUCAAGAGUGUAGAGAACCCCGAAGAAAAAGAGGCCACGAGUUUUACCACUUCCAGAGAUGCUGAGCACACACAUAAUGAGAAGUCUUCCAAGAAGAAGACUAAGGAGACUUCGUCUCUUGAGGAAAAGUCCUCUCUUCAUGUUGAAGUGGGACAGGUAAUGCAACCACAUCCAGAGGAGGCCACUCAAACUGACUGUGGUGAUACUGUGGCAAAGGUUGUUCCACCCCUUCAGAUAAAAAAGGUCUCCUCACCCGGUAAACCUAAACGCUCAAAACCAUCAUUCUUGAUCCAUCAAACUAGUCCUGCGCCGGAAGAAAAAAAGAUACUGGUAAACACAACAGAUUCAAGUGAAAUUCUGGAGGACAAUGUUUUUUUAUCAGACACAAAUGCUGUGCCAACUCCCAAAGCAAGGAGGAGAAGACUGGCAAAGAUGUCUACACCACGGAAGAAGCGGGGAAGUCAUAAACCCUGGACAACCCACAAACACAAGCUUCAAUCAAGUCCAAAUGUGGAACAUCCAUCUGCUAUACCUGCCAGUGAAGCAGAACCACAGACCAAUGAGGUUUUGAAGACUGAGGUUUCCACAUUGUCUGUCUCUAAACCUAGAAGGAGAAGAAGUUUGAGUAUUUCAGUUAGAAAGAGGCCAGGGAAGACACAGAUGUUACCUGAACCCGCUGAAUCUCCAAAUACAGAGUUAGCCCCAUCUGAACCACAGACAGAGGAGGUCUCCACGUUGUCUGUUGUCUCUAAACAUAGAAUAACUUCUAGCCUUUCAAUAAGAAAGAAGUCAAGAAAGACACCAUCUGAAACUCCAAACACCGAGAUGGCCCCAUCUGAACAGCAGACAGAGGAGGUCUCCACAUUGUCUGUUGUCGCUAAACCUAGCAGAAGAACUUCUAGCCUUUCAAUAAGAAAGAAGUCAAAGACACCAACAUCAUCUGAAACUCCAAACACAGAGAUGGCCCAUUUGAACACAGACUGAGGAAGGUCUCACAUUGUCUGUUGU